AUGGGCCUAAUCAAGAGAGUUUCAAACUGGUCUCAAAAUGGGAAGCUUGACUAUCUAUCGGUCAAUCCAACAAGGGACGAAGUCGCCCAUUACAGUGUUGACCCAGAAGAUGAGCGCGAUGAAUCUAUUACAAGACUCAACGUUGUGAAGGACUUUGACAAGAUUACAUGCUUGGAUCACUCAGAAACUGAUGUGGGUCUAGUGGGUGUUGGGGAGAGAAGUGGGAUGGUUCGAAUAAUGAACAUGAUCUAUGAUAUUCCAGGACAGACCACCACACAAGUUCAGGUAAGGGCCAAGCAGCAGCGAGCGGUUAAUACACUGGGAAUGAGUAGCAGUGGUCUUAUCGCAAUGGGGCUGGACCGAAAUCGUCACGAUGCGUCGUUGCAGGUGUGGGAUGUCAACUAUCAAAGCACAGACUCUAACGUGGUAAAUCCAUCGUUCUCGUUUUGCCUAAAUGAAACCGUCGUUUCACUGAAGUUCUUGGAUGAUACAACAUUGAUUGCAGGUACAAGCAAGUUGUUGAAAGAACUUGAUCUCAGAUCACCGAAUCCCAGUUACCAGCAUCCAACACGGUUGUGCUACGAUAUAAAGGUGAAUCCACACAAUGUGUGGCAGUUCACAACCUAUGGAGAUGACGGAACGCUUUCUAUUUGGGACAGACGUAAAUUAGGGCAAAGCUCGUCGUCCAGCGAAUCUCUGGAUACGCAGCCUCUUUUGAAAUUCGAUAAACUGAUGGGCGCAGGCGUCGCUUCGAGGAAAUAUAGCAACUCAUGUUUUCGCUGGUCAGCGGUGCGCAACAACGAGUUUACUACUCUACAUGGCGGUCAAGUUAUUAGAAGGUGGCGACUAGGUAGUUUCCCGACUUCUUCAAUUAAAGAUGAAGCCCACUCAAGUCCACAGCUCGAGACGACAGUCGAAUCGCUCUUCAUAUCUACUGUUCAUGACAUAGCCACAACGUAUGACAGGGUCGUGACGUUCGACUACGUCCCAAGGGAAGAUGGAUCUGCCAAUUUUGUGUGCAUGAGACAGUCGGGCACGCUCUUCAGGAUGGCCUUAAAAGGCGGGGUAUCAAGAAUUGCGUUCAAUUGUGAUAACAGCCUCCUUACGGCAAGUGAUGAAAGAACGGACGUGAAUGAGCUAAGGGUAGCAGAUAUGAUGGAGAAAACGACAAAUGAGGAAAGAGCAGCCGCCUUAAAAAUAUUAUCUUUUGAGGAUCUUGACUUAAGUGACCAAGAAGAGGAUCACAGGAUCGACAGUGAGGCGAAUGGUUCAAACUCUUCUGAGAUCAGCUCGAAAGAUAUCCAAGGUCAACAUGAGUCAAAAAGUCGCAAUUCAUCCGUGGGCGGACUAGGCUUUUUGCUUAAGCCCGAAAGUCUGCUUGAAAACGAUAUUAGCAUGAUAAUGAAAAGACGUGCUCUGCAUAAUUAUGGUUUCGAUCCGUUGAAGACUGUGGAAUUCAUUGAUACAUCCAAAUCACUGCAGAACAAUGCCUACAUAAGGAAUACUUGGAGGUGGUUGUCGAUCGUGAAGGCAUCUGUUGACGACGGGCUGAUGGUGUCUGGAGAGCUCGAUCUCGGAUACGAAGGUAUACUUGGAAUAUGGAAUGGAUUAGAUGGUCUUUCUCACCAGGACAGGUACAGCAGAGGAGCAAAUCUGUCGGAAAAACAGUUAGGCAGAGAGUUAGAAAAAAUUGUUCGAAUGCGAGGAAAAUAUAAAUCCAAAAUGGGUGAAUCUAGUGGUAUGAUACCAUUCGCUAAUUCGACAAAGCCUAUUCAGCGUAGACUGUGCAUGAUUAUCUCUGGAUGGGAUUUGCACCCUUCAGAGUAUGAGGCGAAGUAUCAAGGCUUGAUCAAGGCCAAUUUAUAUGAGAAGGCUGCAGGUUGGGCCGUAUUCUUUGGCGACGUCACGAAAGCCAUCGAAAUUUUGAGCUCCGCCAAAAAAGAGAGGCUACGUUUGAUUGCAACUGCCAUAGCCGGGUACCUUGCUUACAAGGAUCAGCCUGGGAAUAACGCAUGGAGACAGCAGUGCAGAAAAAUGUCAUCUGAGCUCGAUGAUCCUUACCUUCGUGUUAUAUUUGGCUUCAUCGCUGACAAUGAUUGGUGGGAUAUUCUAUCCGAGUCAGCCAUUUCACUCAGGGAAAGACUGGGUGUAGCAUUGAGGUCUUUGAAUGACCAAGAUCUAACCCGAUUUCUAGAAAGAACUGCUAAUUCGGUUAUUUCGAAUGGUGAACUAGAAGGUCUAAUCCUGACUGGGAUCACGCCAAGCGGUGUCAAAUUGUUGCAGUCAUAUGUCAAUAAGACUAGUGACGUACAGACAGCCGCGCUUUUAUCCAUAUAUGGCUGCCCUCGUUACUUCAAAAGUCCUCAGGUUGACGAGUGGGUGCACGCGUACCGCAUGAUGCUGAACUCUUGGGAGUUGUUCACAGUGAGAGCUAAAUUCGACGUUCUACGUGGAAAACUAUCGAGAAGCACCCUUGCUCCUUCACUGGGCCAUCAUCGACCUCGACAGCUUUACAUUCAAUGUCUAAAAUGCAACAAAAACAUCAACAAUCCUGUAGAUGCUUCUGCUUCAGCACCGGCCUCCAAAAUGGGUAAAAACUUUGGUGCUGGCGGAAGCUUCAAGAAGUUUGGUUUGAAUAAUGCUUCACCUUCGAAUACAGCAGCUCAAAAACACUCAUGCCCUCAUUGCGGCACACCAUUUCCACGGUGUGCCAUCUGUUUAUUGCCUUUAGGCACUGCUAACUUGCCUAUUGUUAUUAAUGGGCGAGCCACAAACCAAGAUGCACAGGGUGAGGGUCAAAUGGAUGAAGCUCGCCGGCUCAAGCUAAACGAAUGGUUCAGCUUCUGUCUUGCUUGCAACCAUGGCAUGCACGCGGGUCAUGCCGAAGAGUGGUUUGAAAAACAUGUCACUUGUCCUGUUCCGGGCUGUUCAUGCCGCUGCAGCGCAUUGUAA